AUGCCUAGAAUCCCCGUCCGAACGACACCGUAUCACGCAUUACCGCGAUGUACCCGACAUUACAAGUCCAAGCGUGAUCUGAUCCUACGUGCAUUGGGCAAAGCAUCUUUCAUCAAUGGAUCUCAAUUCGUCAUCGCGUGGAUAUCACCCAAGGGAGAUACAGACAUAUUCGCUUCAGAGCUCUUACAGUCCGCUGUGAAAGAUACCAACGGUAACGGGUCCGGAGGGGUAUUGAACAAGAAAGAAUUGGAGAAAGAAGCAGCUAGGGUGAAACAGGAAAUGAGUAGGAGAUGGGAUGAGAUUAGACGGAUGGAAGAGAAAGGUGAACAACCACCUUCUUUACCCGAUGACGAUCUUGCUAUCGAAGAGAACGAUAACGACAAUGAAAACGAAGAUAACGAAGAGGUCGAUCCUGAUAGGACCAUGGUAGAUGAAGGAGAAGGUUCGGAACAAAUCGAAAUCUCUACCUUGGAUACUCCCUUAAAAGCCAAUGGCACUGGUUUAGGUAUUAACAGCGUUACCAUCAACAGCAACAAGAAACUAUCACCUAACACCACUACGGCUGGUGGUAUGUACUCUACUUUCCCCAUGACUUCAGCCAUCACCCCAAGAUCAUCGACUCCAUCUUCGGCUUCUGCCAACAACGUGCCUAUGGAAAGUAUUGUAUUGAAACCUGAACAAAUCGAGGGAUUCUACAUGGACAGAUUCACAAACUUGCAACAACAGACAUGCAAGUUGGUCGUGAAAGCUUGGAUCAAAAUUAUCGAACCUAAGAAACAGAUGAAGUUCCCAUAUAAUAAAGGAGAAGAUUUCAAACCUAGUUGGUGGCCUGAAGGUGUCAAACAUCGUGAACCCGAUCAUUUGCCUAAAGAUGAACGGAAAUUACUUUUAAUGUCAAUUAUUCGAAAUCCAUCAGUAAACGUGGCUAGGUUACAACUUUCUACAGCUGAAACUAGCGCUUUGAUUUCUGCUUCGAAACUUGCCAUCUUAAGGGAGAUUUACAUAGUAGCAAAAGAGGAAGAAAGAAGAAGACAGAUUGGUGAUACAUCUUCGGAUCUGACUAUUGAAUUGCCCAUUAUCAACCAACCCUCCAACGCUUCUCCCGAACCUUCUAUAGGAGACAAGAGAUCUCAUUCUUCGAUUACGACAUCGGAUAACAAAGAAAAUAUAAAUUACGAUUUAUCUGUUCACCAUGGUCAUGGACAUACAUCCAAAAAAUCCAAGACUCAUCCUAGAUUACCUGUAUUGACUUUAUCCGCUCAGCAAUUGAACCACAAUGGUGGACAUGGACAUGGACAAUAUACACCAUACGAUUCACCAUACACAACUUCACCUUCACCUUUCGCUUUCACCCAUGCUCCUCAUGCUCAACAUUUAUCACCACAUGUAUGGGGUGAGAAUCGAUUAUCUACAUCUACAACUAGCGCUUCAUCCACGAAUACAGCUACUUUAUCACCUUAUGGAUAUGCUGCUUCGGAUGUUCAUUCAGAUUACUCUAGAUCACCUAAUCCCGAUCAACAACAGCAACAACAACAACAAAGACAGUAUACGAAUCAACAUCACUUGGCACCAAUCUUGACUCAUCACCCCGAGGGAACUGCAAACAGUAAUGGCGCUCCAUCACCUGUUGAUUCUCCUUUCCCGAUCCAAGGUCAAGGGCAACCUAAUUCCGCUGGAUAUUUCCAAGCUCAACAGCAGAAUCAGAGAGGUAUACCAACCGGGUAUAUGCAACAGCAGCAGAUGGAGUAUCUACAUCACCACCACCAUCACCAACAACAGCAACAGGAAGCUUAUGGAUUCCAAUCCCCCUAUAUCGCUGAACAAGGUUGGGAAGGUCAGUAUUCACAGGCUGCGUAA